UUUGGGACAAUAUAUAAAACUCUAGGGGAAAGAAAGUAUCAUCAAUCACCCCCCUAAAAAAAGAUUUGUAUCCUGAAUGAGAGAAGGUUCUCCUCGAAUUCCAUCCCCGUGGUAAAUGUGCGGAAGCAGAGAGGAUGAGUAAAGCUGUGUCUGCCGGUGCCCGCGCCUUUUCCUUCCCUGGCAGCGCAGCAGAAUUCUGCCUUUCCUGGCUGGAGGCGCCACUGAGGUCCUGAGCUCUCUCCCAGCCUCAGGUUCUGAGCGGCAGAGGGCAGACCCUCCUCGGAGGGACAGAUGCAGGGGUGACAACAAGGGAGCUAGCUACGGGCCCAGAUAAAGGUGGCUUCUUUCUGUAAAUACAGGAGAAAAGAAUGAAGCCGGGAUCCUCCAACAGUGCCGGAAAUGGCCCAGGUAGGCACCGGGUUGGACCUGCGGCCUCACGUACUGAUACGCUUUCUUUUCCAGGGAGGGCUUCCUCUGCGGUGGUAUCCUUCUGCUGUGUCCCUGUGUCCCUCAGCUGGCCACAGGCCCAGGCAUCCCCAGGACGGCACCCGAGAGCUAGUUUGCUGGACACAUGAAGGCGGCUUUGAGUUCCAGCUUUCUGUUCUUUUAAACCCCACACACACCCUUUCUCUAAGGUUGCUGCUGCUCUACCUGAGUGGGGCCUACUGUGCCCUGUAUUUUCUAGCUACGCUCCUGAUGAUGAUGUAUAAAAGUCAGGUUUUCAGUUAUCCUCAUCCUUACUUGGUCCUCGACCUGACUCUGCUGCUUCUGAUGGGGAUUUUGGAAGUGACUCGGCUGUAUCUUGGCACCAAGGGCAACCUGACGGAGGCUGAGGUGCCGCUGGCCAUCAGCCUGGUACUUACCGCAGGCGGCGCCCUGCUGUCCACCUACUUCCUGCUCUGGCAGACGCUGGUGCUGUGGGCAGACUGCGUCCUCAGCACCACACUCCUGGCGCUGCAUGGCCUGGAGGCCGUCCUGCAGCUGGUGGCCAUUGCUGCCUUCGUCAGCUAGGCAGGCGGUGCCUGGCAUCCCCCACCCUGCGUGGGACACCCCUGGACAGAAGCCACGUCCUGGGUGCCCGGCGAUGCCUGGUGGCCCCUCGGCUGCGCCAACCUGCUUGCGCCAAGGGGAGUGGCUGAGGACAGUGCACGUUUGCACACAAUUGCUGGGAUUCCGCGCUUUCCACACUGGUCCCCCUGGAGCUACAGGGUGGUGUGGGGAGCCCAGGACCGUGGCCCACAGCAGGCCAAGCCCAGGGCGAGGGUACACCGGCGCUGCAACAGAAAGAAAAAUGCCUGGGAGCCAGCAAGCUCUGGUGUUUGGGGGCAUUUGUGCAGUGGCGGCCCCUUCCCUCUGGGACUUCUGCAGGGAUGUGGUCUAAAGCCCCAGCACAGGGGAGGGAGGCAGGGAACGGGUGAGUGACAGAGAACAGCCUGCCACUGCCCUGGGCAGGGGUUUCGGGGCUCCAGUCCAGGACUCAGUCAGAGAAGCGUCAGGGGUGCGCACUGUGCUGGCUGUGUCCGCAGACCAGAAGGGCUCCUGGAAGGACUCUGAGUUCAGGUUCCCCAGUAACUUGCCUUCGUUUGCAUCGCGCCCUGUCCGCAUUCGGAAUAACUGUUUGAACAUCGAGACCGUUUCUCUUGGCCAUGUUGUCGAAUAAAGGAACGUGUGUAGCUGCCUGCA